AUGAGAGUCCAGAGAUUACAAGAUAAAAUUAAAAAUACCGACCAAAAUGCGGAUAAAAUUGCCGAGAAUUUUCAACAAAUAGAAAAAUAUCUCCAAGCCAGUGAGGAAAUAAUUAAACGCGAAGCCCACGAACAUCCUAAAAUUCAGAAAUCUUAUGAGGAAUUGGAAGCGGAGAUAAAAAAAUUAGAAGACCAAAUUACUGCUCUCCAAACUAAACAACAGCAACUCCAAGAAAGGCUUGCCGAAAGUGAAAGAAUGCGCUCAUUACUAGCGGACGCAUUGGUUCCCCCUAAUUUUGCCCCUCAUACCCUUUUAGAAUGGACUACUAGGGAUGUCUCCACUCAAACCGAACCAAUUCUAGCAGAGUCCGAAGUCCAACCGGUCUCUAAGUUCCGUGCCCUGCCUAAAAGAACUAAUUCAGCCGAAAAACGCUUCACAAAGAAAUUAGAAGAAAACGAAGAAUUAUAUCGAGAAAUCAUGGGGGGGAGUGAAAAAUGA